AUGGUCCAAAGAAAGGUACCAAGCAAGCUUGGAAUCCAAGCUGAUCAUGUUAAAUUCGAGAAGCGGUUGGCGAACCUGAAAACAUCUUCUCAGUUCCAGGAUGGCAAACACAGGGGAGCUGAUUUGAAGAAAAAAAUGAAGAAAUCUAGAUCAAUCAAGCUUUCAGAUAUUGAGAGCUUGAGAUCAUCACCUUUGAGAAAGAACAUAUCCCAGCCAGGAAAGCCACCACCACCAUCUCUCAAUGUUCCAAACACUGCAGCUUUUCCUCAGAAGCAGCCCAUGAACAAAACAACUUAUGGCUCACCAAACUAUAUGAAGCCCACCAGCUGUUCUGAUGCAAGGAAGGAGCAAUCCCAGGUUAGUGUUCUAAAUUCUCCGACUAUAUAUUUGGAUAGUAAGAACGAGCACCGAAGAAAUUCGAGCAGUUCAAAGCUUAGCUCUGCUUCUAAUCAUAAACCAGAAAGAACUUCAACAAGGACGUCUAGUUUGAAGCUGGUGAGAACUUUAAUAAAGUCCCCCAGUUUUAAGCCAGCAAGAGGUUCGGCCAAAAAAUCUUCCAGGGUUGCUCUUUGUGCAGAUAUGAAUGUUCAGAGAGCAACUUGUUCUUCAACACUGAAGGAUACAAAGUUUCCUGAUUAUCUGGUGAUUAAUCCUGGGGGAACUGAAGCUGAGGGGACUUCAGUCAUGAAGGUUUGCCCAUAUACUUACUGUUCUCUCAAUGGUCAUCAUCAUUCACCUGUGCCUCCAUUGAAGUGUUUCUUGUCCGCAAAAAGACGUUCGUUGAAGACCCAGAAGAUGAAGCGGCAAGCUCUAAGUCCACGUGGAACAAAGCAAUCUAAUGAUGGAGUAAAAGAAAUUGAUUUGCAGAGGAUGUUGUUUGAUGACAAUGACAAAAAUGCUGAUCCUAUGAAACAUGAAGUGGGGUUGGAUUUCUUUGUUGAAAUCUAUGCUGCACGCAAGGAAGAUGACGCUGAGGAAAUUGGAAGGGAAGCUGGAGCUGAUCUUGUAGGAGAACAAGAUGAUUCCAAUGGUGAACCAAAUGAUGCAAGUGGUGAAGCAGCAGAAGAAAAUAAUGCGAACACCCUAGUUGAGGAGAAUCUGUCGGAUUUGCAGUCUGAGAGUGACUCUGAGGCAGAAAGCUUUGAAGGCUUUGCUGAAGAAGACCAAAAAGAAGAUAUAGAUGAAUACUACAAAGCUCUGUUGGAUCAAGAAGAAACUGCCAUGGGAAGCAGUUCGAAUGAGAGCGACUUUGAAGAACUUUCAAGCAUCGAAGUGCAUUAUGCCAGUUCUGAAACUACUGACAUGGAGUGGGAGGAAGGGCGAUUGUCCACUGGAGUGCUUGAUGAUAAUGAGUCUGGUCCAAAUGCUGGGUUUUCAUCAAUAGUUGGAGAUGCUGAUAUGCAUGAAGAACCUCUGAUCAAGUCUGAUGCAAUAUCUGGUAACUGCAAUGACAUGAUAGAGGAUUAUCAUGAAGUACUGCAAGGACUUUUGGAAGAGAAAAACCAGUCUUUUGAGGGACAACUCAAUGAUGGUAGCGGCAUUGAACGGGAUGACACUAAACAGAAUUUUGAGAUUCAAGAAUCUGAACAAGGGUAUAACAGAUUGAGUUAUGACCAACUUUCUUACGGCAAUGAUGCAUUUGAAGAAGACAGUGACCUAUCAGAGACAGAUUGCAUAGAGCUAUCUUCAUCUUCAGCAGAGGAGUCGAUUGAGGAGCUAACAGAAACUGAUGUGGAAAUUCAAGAGCAGAGUGGAGUUAAAGCAGAGGAUCAUGACAUCAAUUCUUGCCUUGAAGAUGUUGAAAGCAACUGCACCAGUGUGGAGACUGAUGAAACUUCGGGUAACCAACCCAAAAAUACAUUUCAAGAUGAUGAAACAAGUACAUUAACAGGAGACCAAGUUUCUAAUGCCUCUAGGGAUAUGAGGGAAACAGAUAAGGCUGAAACAAUUGAAGGAUGCACCGGGAGCCUGGAUAAAGAGAAUACGGAAACAGAUCAAAAUGUUGCAACCAGUAACGCUGUCUUGUCACAGGAACUCACUGAAAUGGUCGCUGGGAAUCAAAUGGAAGAGACAGAGCAAGCUGAUGACUCCAAAUCAUCAGAACAAAUCCAGCUUUCUGAUGAAGAUGUUUUCAAGAUUGAAGAUCAUGAAAACUGCAAGAAGACUGAACCCUUCCAGCUUAAUGAUAGUGCUGAAGUUGGCAACCUGUCAGGCAGGAAGUACAAGAAGCCAAAAAUUUCAACUUCCAUUGAAUCUGAGGAUCAGGGUGAUUUAAGGCUGAACAACAGAUCAGGUCUCUCAGAAAACAGCACAGGAGAAUCUCAUAAUAUGGAAGUGGAAAACAAUUCAGAGCCAGAUGCAACAGAAACUUUCAUGGCCAAUAAUAGCAUUAGCCCUGGGCUGAAGAGAAAAUUUUCCCGUGGAGAAAGCAAUGCCAAGCAAGAACUUCCCGACACCUGCAACUACCGAAGAGGAAGCAAAUUCAAGAGACUUAGCAUAGAUGAGGAGGAACAAAGGAAGUACAAUCCAAGAGAACCAAAUUAUCUGCCUGUGGUUCCUGAUCCUGAAGCAGAAAAGGUUGACCUCAGGCAUCAGAUGAUGGACGAAAAGAAAAAUGCAGAGGAAUGGAUGCUUGACUUUGCACUCCAACAGGCCGUAACAAAACUUGCUCCAGCGAGGAAGAAGAAAGUGGCAUUGCUUGUUGCAGCUUUCGAAGCAGUCAUGCCAGUGCCCAAAUGUGAAACAAGUCGCAGGCAUACUUCAGCAGCCUUCAGUCAGGCAAGGCCUAUGCAAGCUUGUAGCUGA